AUGUCUACUAAAGAGCUGGACCAGGAGAAUCCUGCAGAAUAUUGCCAAGGAGGAUACCACCCGGCACAAAUGGGGGAGCUGCUGAACAGGAGGUACCAAGUCAUGCACAAGGUCGGAUGGGGCUAUUUCUCCACGGUGUGGCUGUGCCGGGAUUUGCAGAUGAAGAAGAGCGUUGCGGUGAAGAUCUCAAAGAGCGGGAAAAAGUUUAAUGAAGCCGCCGAGGAUGAAAUUGCGCUGCUUAACUGUGUGAACGGCGCGCGCAAAAAGGAAUCGCCGGGAGAAAACGUCAUACGGUUUCUGCAGGACUUUAAACUGAUCGGAGAAAACGGCCUCCAUGUGUGCCUCGUGUUUGAGUUGCUGGGACCUUCUCUCCUACACUUGAUGAGGAACCAUGAGCCUAAGGGACUACCACUGAGCUGUGUGAAAAGAAUUCUACAACAGGUGCUCCAAGGUCUGAGCUUUUUACACGUGAAAUGUCGUAUCAUCCACACGGACAUUAAACCAGAAAACAUACUCGUGUGCGUGAAUGAGGACAAUCUGCAGCGGUACAUGGAAGAGGCCGCCAUCUGGAACCAAAACAGAAUCAGCGAAGGGGUUGAUGCAAAUUUUCUAACUCAUCUGAUUGUAUCCGGAAACGUGGACAUGCUGGGGAUUAAAAUAGCGGACUUGGGAAGUGCAUGCUGGACGUAUAAACCUUUUUCUGAAGAGAUCCAGACGCAGCAGUACCGGUCACUGGAGGUCCUUCUGGGCUCUGGAUACAGCACCCCGGCUGAUAUAUGGAGCUCUGCAUGCAUGGCAUAUGAAAUGGCCACGUCCUAUUACCUGUUCGAGCCACAAGCUGGAGAGAACUUCACAAGGAACGAUGAUCAUAUUGCCUCUAUGAUUGAGCUGCUUGGGCGCAUACCACCGAAAAUCGCGUUUUCUGGGAAGAAUUCAUCAACCUUUUUUAACAAGCAAGGUAACCUCCUCCGUAUCCCGUACCUGUACCCCUGCGGCCUUUAUGACACCCUGGUGAACCGGCACAAGUGGCAGAAGAACGAGGCCCUCGUGUUCACCGGCUUCCUCUUACCCAUGUUGGAUUAUUCCCCCGAAAAGCGAGCUACGGCGGAGAAAUGCCUCCAGCACCCUUGGUUACAAUGCUGA